AUGGUUUCACAUACAAAAGAAUUAGGGAAACUUUUCUUGAUGAGCGAUGAUUUUGUUGGUCUAAUCAUUAGCAAGGUUAGCAUCAAAGAUGAUAGAAAAUCGUUCUCUGAGGUCUGCAAGCAAUGGUUUAAAGUGGAAGGUCUAAGCCGAUCAUCACUGCGCGUUUUCGCUGACCGACCUGGCUUUUCCCUGGCUGCACUCACUAGAUUCCCAAAUCUAGUUCAUCUGGAAAUAUUUGAGCUUCAGACGGACAUCGAAAUAGAAAUCAUAGCCCAGACAUGCCGCAAAAUAGAGAGCAUCACGGUUUUCUGCUUUGAUGCGCAUCAGGAAGGUCAUGGUGGUAUUUUGAGGGGAAAAGGACUAAUGGCUUUGGGAAAUGGAUGUCCCAAAUUGUCCAAAGUUAUGCUUGCUGGGGAAGACACGGUCCGGGAUUCUGGAAUUAUUGCACUUCUACAUUCAAAACAUAGCUUUGACGCUUUGGUUUUCUUAUCUAAUAGCUUGAUCACGGAUCAAGCCCUCAGAGCAAUUGGUUUGGCAUCUUCAAUUAGCAUUUUGGAGUUGGUAGGUUGUUCCGGCAUCAAGGAUAUGGGAUUGGGGUUUUUGGCAAAUGGGUCUACCUCGAAAACCCUCAAGAAAUUGGUCCUAAAUCUUUGCCGGGGAAUCACUGAUACUGGGGUCAAGCUUUUGCAGAAAAUGUGUAGCUUGGAGCACCUGGAAUUGUCCUACUGUGGGAGGAGAGGAGAAAUCACUGAUAUUGGAGGUGUGGCAAUCUCUGCAAUUCAAACGCUCAAGGAAAUAAAAUUGGAUGGUCUUCUGGGUGUAUCAGACCCUACCAUGCUUGCUCUUGCCCAGAAUUGCUGCAACUUGGAAAUACUUGAUUUAGAGGGAUGUCAAGGUGUAACUGGAGCUGGCAUUCGUGCAUUUUCAAGUCAUCAGUGCUUGAAACGCCUUGUGUUGCUAGGCUUAAGGAACUUUAAUCUCUCUGAUGUGGAGAGCGUAGCGUUUGGAUGCCCCUCAUUGGAGUCGGAGUCUGUUGUGGUGGAUUCACUGUGGAAGCUGGAUGCAACAUUGAUGCAGGACAACACUAGAAGAGUCCUCAAAUUCACUGAAAUGUCGUAG